GGGAAAGGUCGCCAACUUAUUUCGCCAGGUAACCAUCAGGAGCGAUCUGCAACGAUCUAGGUAACUGACUGGUAGAUCGGAGGGACACUGAUGGCGGGGGGAAGAACGGAGCAAGAGACAACUAUCACCGAACUGUGGAGCUGGAUUGCCUUUUUGGGCCAUAGUUAAGUGAUGGCAAUGUGAUUCUGACUAAGCGGAGGACCGCCCGUUGUGUGCCUGACGUUCAUGCCGCACCGUUGAGGCAUCAAGGCACCAGCGCCAAGGCAUGCAACUGGUUCCCACGUGACCUUCCACCCAUCUGCAUCUCCGAUCCGCUUGAUAAUUUUUGGACGCCUCCUCAGACACCACUACCUCCCCAUCAAUCGUGGCCACGCAUCUCUUAUAGAUUCAAAUGGCUGCCAGCGAGUCUUCCCGAUACCUGGCAAGGUCGUUGCCACGGGCUUUGGCCCAAAAUGCCCGUCCUCUGGGCUUCUGUUGGCGUCGCAAUGCCUCCAACCGAGCCGCUGACUUGGGCGAUCUGGAGUCGGACGGGUCUCUAACAACGGCACCCGUGUCGGAGGAGACGGUGAAAUCAUACGAUCCUAUCGCGAAUUCCAAGGGGCGGAAGAAGCAGCUUCCUCGGAGUCGAUAUCAAUUCCGUUCGCCCAAAUACAACCGUGGGCCGUUACAUCCUCACCAGCCUCCUCCUGAAUCCGAUCCCUCCUCUCGACUAUACGUUCCGGGCCCCUUCAUGCUGCCCAGAACCGAGCAGACGUGGCAGUCGACCGUCGCGUCCGACAUUCUCACCCUCUGCUACGUCCACAACCCCCCCGGCUUCAAGCCGCCGCCCAAGGCGCCCCGUCUGCGCUCCUGGGAUGACAGCUCGCCCUACCACAAGAACCGUCAGCUGCGCGGGCCUCGCGGCGGUGACGUCCUGCGCCUUCUCCGCAAACCCGUCACCUUCAACAACAUCCCCAAGCUCGACCGCAUCACCAUCCACAGCUACGUCAAGGGAGCGGCGCAGGAGCACUCGGGCUGGAUCCACGUGGCCGGCAUGGCCGUGCAGGCUAUCUCGAACGCGCGCGUCUCGACCUUCAAGUCCCGGACGAGUGUCGCAACGUGGGGGAUCGCGCCGGGUCGCGACACCGUCGCCGUUAAGGCCGAGCUCCGCGGUGAGGACAUGCACCAUUUCUUCGGAAAGCUGGUCGACGUCGUCUUACCCAAGGUCAAGGACUGGGAGGGCGUUAAGGGAACCAGCGGUGACAGCAGUGGUAACAUCACCCUUGGUUUGGAACCGGCUCAUGUCGCUCUCUUCCCGGAGAUUGAGGUGAACUACGAUAUGUACCCCCCGAGAAUGAUCCCCGGUGCGCACAUCACCAUCCACACAACCGCCAACACCGACAAGGACGCCCGUCUCCUGCUCAGCGCCAUGGGAGUCCCAUUCCACGGCAAACUGGUGGACUAAAUUAGAAGAGGAAAGGAAAGAUCACACGCACGCAUUGCGCAUUGUAUACAAGAGCGGGAAGGAAUUUCAUCUAUUCAUGUCAUACUGAUUGAUUCGUGUCAUCUCUUCCACUUUCUUUUUUCUUUUUUCUUUAGCUUCUCUUUUUGUAUCCCCUUUUUAGUUCUAUUCAUCAACUCAUGUAAAAUACACUCUGAUGUUCCUCCAAUUUGCACAGGCAGACAAACAGACAUCUUAAAUGAUUUCGAGAAAACCCGC